AUGGAAAAUAAUGAAAUCAGUGGAAGUUUACCAAAAGAUAUAGGCUUGGAGCUACCCAAUCUUGAGAAAUUUAAUAUAUGGGGUAACAAAUUUACCGGAAGCAUACCCUUCUCAUUUUCUAAUUGUUCAUACUUGUUAGACCUUGUGUUGAAUAUAAAUAACUUUACUGGGAAGGUUAACAUAGAUUUCAGACGUAUGCCAAAUCUUCGGCUUGUUGCGUUAAACAAAAACAAUUUAGGGAAUUUGGAACCUGAUAGUAUGAACUUCAUUGAUUCCAUGGUAGGUUGUAGCAAACUAAAAGAGUUGUAUCUUGACUUCAACCAAUUUACUGGAGUUCUUCCUAGUUCUAUAGGUAAUCUCUCGUCUCAACUAACAAUUCUAUCAUUUGAAAAUAACUUCAUUUAUGGAACAUUGCCUCCUGGUAUCGGGAAUCUUGUGAAGUUAGAGAAAUUGACUUUAGACUCUAAUCAGAUAACAGGGAUGCUUCCAAGUGAACUUGGUAAUCUACAAAACCUUAAAUACAUAUUCAUGAAUGAUAACUUCUUCACCGGGAACUUUCCAAAAUUUAUAGGAAACCUAUCAUUGCUAGAGUUGAGUGUUGCGGAAAACAGAUUAAAAGGACAUAUACCUCCGAAUCUUGGCAAUUGCACGGGUUUGUUGGGGCUCGACCUUUCCAUAAACAAUCUUACGGGACCUAUACCCGUUGAACUUUUCCAACUAUCAUCUUUGUCGAUCAUUCUAGAUCUUUCUCAUAACUAUUUAGUUGGACCCCUUCCCCAAGAAAUAGAAAAACUCAAAAGUUUGACGACACUUGAUCUGUCACACAAUGAUCUGGUUGGAGCAAUACCAAAUGCCAUCGCAAGUUGCACAAGCCUUGAGUACCUAAAUUUGGGUGCCAAUUCCUUUGAGGGUCUGAUACCUCCUUCAAUGAGUGUUUUAAGAGGUAUCAGCGACCUUAAUCUUUCCACUAACAACUUCUCCGGACAAAUUCCAAAAUUCUUAAAGCAACUAAACUUGUCUUCGUUGGAUUUGUCGUUCAACAAUCUUGAUGGUGAGUUACCCUCGGAAGGUAUUUUCAAGAAUGCGAGUUUGAUCUCGAUUCAGGGGAACAAUGGGCUGUGUGGAGGCCUUCCUGAAUUUCACCUACCUAAAUGUGCCAUAGUAUCAAGGUCAAAGACAGGUUCUAGAACAUCGCGUGUUAUUCCAAUUGUCAUUCCAAUUUUCUCGCUUAUAGUUAUAGCAAUGGUGUUGUUCUAUCUGUUUUGUUGGAAAAGAAUAAAGGCACAAGCACAACCAUCAGAAGAAGCUCCGUACAUACAACCGUUUUCAAGAGUUUCUUAUGGAAGCAUACUCCGAGCUACCAAUAAAUUUUCUCAACAAAACUUGAUCGGAACAGGGGCUUUUAGUGUUGUGUAUAAAGGUAUUCUUGAACCAGUUGAUGAAAUGUUAGCUAUCAAGGUUCUAAAACUUGGAAACCACGGAGCUUUGAAGAGUUUCAUGAUGGAGUGCGAGGCUUUGAAAAACAUAAGGCAUCGUAAUCUUGUAAAAGUCAUUACUUCUUGUUCAUCAGUUGAUUUUCAGGGUAAUGAUUUCAAAGCUAUUAUUUACGAGUUCAUGCCAAAUGGGAAUCUUGAAAGGUGGCUACAUCCAAAUUCCGAACAAUAUUCUAAUAUCGAAGAAGCUCCCCAUCCACAACGAUUGAUCCUUCGCCAAAGAGUAACGAUUGCAAGAGAUGUAGCUCAUGCCAUGCACUACCUCCACCAAGAGUGUGAGGUACCCAUAAUUCAUUGUGAUCUGAAGCCAAGCAAUAUCUUACUUGACAAUGACAUGGUUGCUCAUAUUGGUGAUUUCGGGCUCGCAAAGUUCCUGCCUUUAAAACUACACGAAAGCAGUACAGCUGGAUUAAGAGGGACUAUUGGGUAUGCAGCUCCAGAGUAUGGCCUUGGCGGUGAGAUGACAAAAGAAGGGGAUAUUUAUAGCUUCGGGAUAUUGUUAUUAGAGAUGAUAAUAGGAAAGAGACCCACAGACCAGCUUUUCCAAGAUGGUUUGAACCUCCACGGCUAUGUGACAAUGGCUUUGCCUGAUCGUCUAAUGGAGAUAAUUGAACCUACCCUAUUGUCUAUCAUUGAAGGAGCAAAUGUCAACCAUGACGAUGAAGCUAGAAGGUGCGAGAGGUUGGAAGAAAGCUUGAUUUUAUUAGCAAGAAUUGGGUUGGCAUGCUCCAUGGAAUCUCCCAAAGAGAGGAUGAACUCAAGCAAAAUCAUCCAGGAGUUGUAUCAUAUCAAUGGUCUCCUCUGAAGUUCUUUAGAAUAUGAUUGUAAGAUUGAACAUAGGGGGAUGGCGCUCCUAGGUAGCUCGUAGAUCUCAUAGCUAUAUACUUGAGUAAUCUUGAGGUCGAGAAUUUGGGCCUCUCUCAACCCAUUAUCGUUUUUGUGUUUUUCUUUUAAAGUGACUUUCAUAUAAUACUUAAA